AUGCAAGAUAAAACUGCUUUGGAUUAUUUAUCUGCUUUUCGCAAAAAAGAUGAACAAGGGAUCGAUGCGGCUCUAUCAAAAGCUUCCUAUUUUUGUGAAUUAUUCAAAACCUCUUCAAAUGACCCUUUAUUAUCAGACAAAUAUUUGAACAUGUUCAAAGUUUACGAAAAUGAAGAUAUUUGGAAAAUCACAAAUUCUCCCGAGAAUGAAAAAGAUACUUCUAUUUAUGUUAUGCCUUUAGAGCCAGACAAAAAGAAAAAGGAAGGCGAGGCUGCAAUAACUUUGGGUGGUAUUGGUUCUUUCAAAGAAAAUUGGGAUUUAUUUACUGAAAAAAGUUUGGAAGGUUUAGAUUGGAAUAAUGUUAUUGUCGGUGGAGGUUCAGUUAUGGCUUGUCUUUUACCAAUUCCUAAAAUCUUUCAUAAAAAUGUCCAUAAGAUACGUGACUAUUACCACAAUAAAUCUUCAUUCGUCAGUUCUGAUAUUGAUAUGUAUAUUUAUGGACUUGAUGAAGAAGCUGCUAAAAAGAAAAUGUUGGAUAUUUUUACAACUUUUUCCAAAAAUGUUCCAUUCCAAGUAGUUUGUGUUCGUGGAAAAUAUUCAGUUAACAUUGUUAGUAAAUAUCCAUAUCGUAUUAUACAGAUUGUUUUAAAACCUUACAAGACUCCUGCUGAAUUAAUGGCGCACAUUGAUAUCGACUCGACCAGAGUAUGUUUUGACGGUAAAGAUGUUUGGGCUGCACCCAAGACACAUCAAGCUUUUAUUAAACAAUGUAAUAUUAUUGAUCUUUCGUGUCGAUCCGCUUCCUAUGAAGUUCGCUUAGCAAAAUAUGCUGAAAGAGGUUUUGAAAUACCUGGACUGCGGAGAGAUAUUAUAAAUCCAAUCAUUUAUGAACGUAAAUUUUCAAGGUUAAAUGGCUUAGCUCGUUUAUUGGUUUUAGAAAGAUUAAAAACUACAGAUCAAAGGUUCUAUUAUACUGAAAAAAGACGAGAAAUGUCAAUACGUCCCCCCAAUCCACUUGGUGACCAAUAUCAACAACGUAGGCGGAAUAGAGGUCAAAAUUUACGUAUAAACAAAUUUGAAAUGAAUGAUUACGAAAUUGUUUCUAUUCCCUAUGGACCAGAUUUUGAUGCUAAAAAAAUUACUAAGAUGAUUAUUGCAAAGGAUUACUCAAUGAAUUCCAAGUCUAGUAAAAUACAUCGUCAUCCGUGUUUUUUUGGAAGUAUGUAUCAAAUUUUUCAAGAUUGUUGUGGCUUGUGUCCUGCAGAAACUCUUGCAACAGAAGAGGAAUUACAAGAUAUUGACAAAUAUUUCGUUAAAGGCGAGUUAAAAUUUGACAAUAAAUUUGAUAAUGCUUCAUUUGUUCAAAGUUAUGAUGAAUGGAUAUCUGAUGCCUAUAUAAAAUCUGAUAAUCUUAAAUUUUAUGAUGCUGUGGCAAAAGGCGAUAUUGAUUAUAUUAGAGAAUUGAUUGAUAAAAACAUUAUAAAUAAGGAUAUUGAUGUAAAUGAAAAAGAUUAUCUUAACAGAUCACCGCUUCAUUUAGCCGUUUUAAAUGGCCAUUUGGAAAUUGUUGAUUUACUAUUGAAAAAUGGUGCAAAAAUUACUGCAAAAAUGAAUGAUGGUAGAACUUCAGUUCAUUUAGCAUCUCAACACGGCCAUUUAGAUAUUUUAGACUUAUUGUUUAAAAAAAAUAAACUAAAUGAGCAAUUAAAAAACAGCAAAAUACAGGAAUCAAAAGUUGAUGAUGAUUUGGAUAAAUCAUUAGAGAUGGUUGAUCUAAAAGAAUUGGAUAACAAUUAUCCAGAAGAAGAAAAUGACAAUGAUGUUGCAGAAAAGAAUGAAGAGGAAGAGGAGGAGGAGGAGGAUAUUAUUGAUAUUGAUUUUGAAACAUGGGAUCACAAAUUUACUGCUUUAGAUUAUGCCAUAUUAUUUGGAAAUAUUGAUGUGGUUAAAUAUUUGAUUAGCGUUGGUGCUAAUGUUAGACGAGCGAGAAAAAGCAAAGUUUAUAUUAGUAAUUAUGCCGAAACAAAGUUAAUUUAUUAUCCAUUGGACUUGUGUUUAUUGGUUUAUGAUCAACAAAUUGGAAUGCAAAUAGCAACAAUAUUAUUAGAAAAUGGUGCAACUGCCUCACAGCUAGAUUAUAAUUUUAACACAGUCUUGCAUCUUGCCACAAAACGAGCGAUUAAUGUGAUAAAUCUUCUUAAUAGAUUAAGAGAAUCACCACUUACACAUGCCAUUAAAGUCGACAACAAAGAAUUAGUUGAUAUUUUAUUGAAAUAUGGUGCUAAAGCAGAAAUUUCAUAUGAAGAUUUAGAAACUGACUUAAAAAACAAAGGAGAACUUACAUCAACAACAUUAUUUGGUGGUGUAAAACAAAAUAUAUUUUUCUCAUUAGAAAAUGGUAUUUAUAAGACUUUAUUAGAAUCAGGAGCUUCAAUAAAUUGCUUAUAUGCGCCACGUGAAACGUUAUUAGAUUAUGUUCAAAACCAAAUUUAUUCUUGUCUUGAUGAAUUGACUUCAUUUGAGAUUUCUAGCAGGAAAUCUUUUAGGGUUGAAAAGAAAAAUCUCAUUAGUUUGAUUAAAUCUGAAAUUCAAAAAUUAGGAGAAAAUUCAUAUUCAAGUUACACGUUGUCAAAGGCUGAUGUUGAUGAUCUUUACAAAUUGAUUACAAAAAAAAAUAUUAAUCCUUAUCAUGGUGUAGGCCACUUGGAUUCAUUAAAAAAUUUAGAGAAAGCCGAUGAAAAAUUAUUGGAACGACUUAAAAAACUUGAUGAAUGUUUUCUAUACAUUGUUGGAAAAGGUGCAAAAUUGUAUGUUGAAUUAGUAAUGGACGAACAUUAUCAAAAAUCUUUAUUAGAUGCUUAUCAAAAAAUGCUCAAUUAUCAAAAGGUGUUGGAUACGAAAAUUAAACAAGUUGAAGAAUUAAUUGAUCAAAAAUCUGAGAUUACAGGAAAUAAUAAUGAAGAAUUAAAACUAUUAGAAGUAAAAGAAAGUAUUUUGAAUAAACAAAUUCCAAUUUUUAAACGGGUCCUUAAUAAUCAAAAAGGAUUCUCGGCUGAUAUAUCAACCCAUAUACAAGAAGUUUUUAAGGCAUUAGAUACUACUGCUCCUAUCAAUAAUAGUAAUAUCAACAAUAGUUUAACAAAAAAUAACGCUGAACAGAAACAAUCAUUAGACAAUUACAAUAUAGAUGAGUUUUUUGAACCAACAAUUCAAGAUGUUAAUAAAUAUAUAUUUAAAUAUUAUUAUUUAUCUUCUUUUCCUAAAUUUGGUUUCAUUGUACCAGAGUUUUAUUACAAAGAUUAUUUUAAAUUAUAUGAAGCAGUAUGGAACAAUGAUGUCAGCUUGGUUGAAGAACUAGGAAAGAAUUUGAUCAUAUGUGUUCAAGAUAACAACAAAAUGACACCUUUUACGUUGGCAUGCUACCUUGGACAUGAUGAAAUGGCUAUUAAAAUAUUAGAAAUAUCCAAAAAUCAAUAUAAACAUGAAGCUUAUGAGGACGAUCGUAAAAAGAACAAAUUAAACUUGAUAAAUAAUUAUGAUAUAGAAGAAUAUGUAGAUUAUAGUACAUGUGAUGAAAAUUCAGAAUCAAGUGAUUCUGUUUACUAUGUUAAUCAACGAAGCAACGAAUUGGAUGAAAAUUUGGCAGAACCACCAUCAGAACAACAAUUAUUAUCUGGAAAAAAUAAAAUUUAUUUCCAACCAAAAUUUAUUAACAUUACUCCAUUACAAUUAUUAAAAUUUAGUGUUUAUGUUGUUAAAAAACAUAUAAACGAAUACAAGUCUCCUAAAAACAAAGGUUAUUUUGUUGAGGACUCGAAAUUGAUUUCUAAAUCGUUUGAUGGAAUUACAUUAGCUGUCACAAUUAAUAAUAUUAAUGUUGUAAAGAAAUUGUUUGAUUGGAUUAAAAGCUAUGAGUUAGUUGAAAAUGAUAAUGAUGAAAAAGGUGAUAUAAUUAUAAAUUUAAUUGAAGAGAAAGAUUUAAUGAAAUACGCUAUUUAUUAUGAAUAUUUGGAUAUUAUGGAUUUAUUAAUAGAGUAUGGGGCAGGUGGAAAUUAUUUUACAGAAUUUAAAUUAAAAAGAGAAAAAAUUGAUUAUAAUGAAAUUAUCAAGAUUGAAAAACCAAAUGUUUAUUUAGGUAUUGAAGCAAAUAAAAUCAAAAAGAGAAACUGGAUUAUAAAUAAUCACCCGGCAUUAUCCACAAAACCGAUUGACAAUAAUUUUCUUAAUUAUGCAUCUUUUUACGGUUGUGAUAAAUCCAUUGAAUAUUUAUUAUCAGAUAGACCUAUAAAUUCACUACAAAAAUACUUUGAAAUUAAUUACGAUUCAAAAAAAUUAUCAUCAAAAAAUUAUAAGAAGAAGGAUGGUUUUGACAUUAAUUAUGCAAGUAAUGGCGAAACACCUCUAUUUUGGGCGAUAAAUAGAAACAAGCCAAAUACUUGUAAGAAAAUAUUGGAGCUAUAUAAGGAGAAAGUUGAUCAAGUUAAAUUUGAAAAAUUUAUAAAUAAAAGAUGUGAUGAAAAAUUAAAAGUGUCCGCAUUUAUCUAUGCAGCUUUGAACGCUUCAAACGAAUGCUUGAAAGUUUUAAUUGAUGAGACGAGCACUGAUCCUGAAAUUUGUGAUGAAAAUGGAUGGAAUGCCUUACAUCAUGCAGCAUAUUUUGGUAAUUUGUCAACUUUAAAAUUAUUAUAUAAAGAAUUGGAUUCAAAUUUAUUUCAAAGGAUGUUGGAUAAACAAAGUAAAAAAUAUUCAUUCACACCAAUCGCAAUAGCAAUUUUAGAAGGAAGAAAGGAUACAUUUAACUUUUUAUUAAGUAAAAAUAAGUCAAUAGAGAACUUAUUAUUAAAAGAUUUUCAAUCAAAUAAUUAUUUACAUUUAUCAAUAAGAGAAAGUUUGUUUGAUACAACUAAACUAAUCAUGAAUUUGAUUGAAAAUUAUAAUGAAGAGAAGAAAAGCAAGGAAAACUUGAAUAGAUUAUUAUAUGAUGAGAAUGCCUUUGGUUUAACACCAAUUGAAUUAGGCGUAAAAAAUUUCGUGCUAAAAUUUAAUGAAGAAGAUAUUUUCGAUGAUAAAUAUAAAUCAUUUGAAGAAAUUGACAAAUUAUUUGAUAAAGAUCGCAAUGAUUAUUAUUAUACUUUAAACACAAAAAAACGUAUCUAUGAUAACAGAGUCAAUUCUUAUCCAAAUCAUUUUGAUUCAAAAGAAAAAGAACUUCAAAGAGAGAAUUUUCAACCAUUUAAAUUAUAUUAUUACUUGGCAUCAAAAUAUUUUAGUAAUUAUAAUGAUUUUAUGAAGAAACGAUAUAGCGUGACACUUAAAGAAGUAAGUAAUUUUGUUGAUGAAUUAACAAGGAUUUAUAAUAAGGAAGAAUCUAGUGCAAAUGGCUAUAAUAUUGAACUUGGACCAUUGGUUCAUUAA